UUCCUCGCCGCGUCGCCGCUGAAGUCUCAAAUGUGCAUAAUCACGAGCGCAGUCUGUUGGCUACCUUCGCGGGCGCUCCAUCGAGAUCAUAACAAUGAAAGAGGAGGAAGUAUAUAACGUAUCUAAGUCAAGAGGGGGACCUAAGGGUUUGGGUGACCCUGAUGAUCGGAGUUUAAGGAAGGUGGAAAAGGAUGUUUUAAUACCAAAAUUAAUGCGAGAAAGAACCAAGGCGGAGAAAUGUGUCGACGAAGUUCAUGGAUUCAAUGAGUGCUGCCUGAAUAACGGAUUGAAAAUGAUCAUAAAAUGUAGGCAAGAAAAUGAGAAGAUGAAAAAGUGCAUGGAAAAAUGGUAUUACAAUGAUGACUUUAUUAAAGAAUGUACAGAACAAUAUUUGAACGAAAGGGCUGAAUAUAGGAGGACUGGAAUACCCAAAAAACAAAAAAAGAACAGAUUACAAACAUCAUUAUAGAAGUAAAGAUAGAAAAUAGAUAAUACAAGAAUUGUUUGCUGUUGUCAUUCAGUUUCCCAAAUGUAAUUUUUGUAAAUGGUAUGCAAAGAAUGCUUUGGAACAAUGAAGCUUUUAAAACAUAUAAAUUACCUUCAAUAUAAAUUUCACAAUAGAAAAUAGAAUAAGCACUUGUAAGUUGAGAUUAUAUACAUGAUUUCUA